GUCGUGGAGUUGCAGUACCUGAAUACUGUAUAACGCGUGCGGCAUGUGCACUGCAGGAACAUCGAUUAUAUCAGUCGUAUCAUAAACUUGACUUUAGUUUUAGACUGUGUCUUGCGACUUACUUUUGUCUCAUAAAUAUCAUCUUUGACUGCCCGGGAUAGACAACAAUGGCGCCCGCAGCCCGUGUCUCCCUCAACAAGUUCCUUGUAACAGCUCGCAAGGCGCUUCUCGCACCGCCAGCGCAGCGUCCAAACCCUUUGGUCUUCGUCAUAGGAAACGAAUCAGCAGACCUCGACUCCCUCUGCUCCUCAAUCCUCCUCGCCUACUUCUGCACCUACCGCACCACCCCUCCGACCCUCCACAUCCCGCUCUCCAACCUCCCGCAAGCCGACCUCGCCCUGCGACCUGAGCUUGCCGCCGUGUUGAAGCCCGCCGGUCUACACACCAAUGACCUUAUCACCCUCGAUGGGCUGCCCAAGGACGACAAUGUCACCCCCGAAAACACUCAAUGGCUACUAGUAGACCACAACAGCCUCACAGGCCCGCUUGCCGCGCGCGGUUUUGGGGGUCCAGAAAGGAUAAUAGGGUGCAUAGACCACCAUGAUGACGAAGGCGUUGUUCCCCCGACCGUAAAGCCGAGGAUGAUUGAGAAGAGCGGGAGUUGCAUGAGUCUGGUGGUGGAAUAUUGCAAGCCUGUCUGGGAGGAGCUAAGCCGACUUGAAAGUGCCGAAGCGGGGGCUACGGACAGCCGGGAAGAGUGGGAGUCGCAGUUGGCCCAUCUGGCGCUGGCACCGAUACUGAUUGACACGACAAAUUUGACGAGCAAGGACAAGACGACAGAGUGGGAUACGGGGGCUGUGGAGUUUUUGGAAGGUCGUUUGACACAAAAAUCGCAACAGACGAGUGCCACCAGUGGAGGGCAAGAAGGGUAUGACAGGACAGCCUACUUCAACCACAUCACCUCCCUCAAAGAAGAAAUCGCCGGGCUAAGCUACCGCGACAUUCUGCGCAAGGACUACAAACGGUGGGAAGACGGCGGACUAGCGGUGGGCAUCUCGACGGUGGUCAGGGGACUCGAGUACCUCUUGACGGAAAUCGGAGACCAAAAAGAGUUCACCGAGGCGUUGCGGGCCUGGGCGAAAGAGCAGGAGCUGGACAUUGCGGCGGUCAUGACGGUGUCAAAUCCGGAUGGGAAGUUCACCAGAGAGCUGCUCGUCUGGGCGUUCAACGAGCGGGCGGUCAAAGUUGUGAAGCGGUUUGUGGAGAAGCAUGGGGAAGAGGGGUUGCAGUUUCAGACGUGGGGCGGUGGAAAGUUGGAUUCGGAUGAUGGAAAAGGCGAGUGGGUCAGGUGUUGGACGCAGGGACGGGUGGAUAAGAGCAGGAAGCAGGUGGCGCCUAUGUUGAGGGAUGCGAUGAAGGAGGCGGCUAGGCUUUGAAUGGGAAUGAGGUGGUGGGACAUAAUUGAAGGAGAUAAUGAUGGCUAGCUGAUGUAUCGACUUUGAAGUGAAAAGGAAACAAAAAAAUUCCCGUGGCAGCCAGAUAAGAUGGGCUGAUAAUGUUGUGCAAGGAGAAACUGGGCCAUACUAAUAAUACAUAUAAGGCUUACAUCCACAUGCUAUCGUAC